UGGGUGGGGAGGGAGGGGUGGGGGGGGGGCGGGCAGGGCGGCGGUGCGGGAUGCGGUGCCCGGCGGGGCCGGGAGCGGCCCCCGAUGGGAUGUAGCGGGCGGCUGCUGGGACCCGUCGGGGGCCGCCGCGCCUCGUUGCUCCUCACCAUGAUCCUCUUCUUCACCUACUUCUUUUAUUGCCUGCCGGGGCCCUGCGAGCCGCUGCCGCCCGCCCUGCUGCUGCCGCCGCCCGCCGGUGCGGGGCCGGUGCGGGGCGCGGGGCCGGGGGCGGCGGGGGGCGGCAGCCGGCGCUUCCCGCAAGCCAUCAUCGUGGGCGUGAAGAAGGGCGGGACGCGGGCGCUGCUGGAGUUCCUGCGGGCGCACCCCGGGGUGCGGGCUGUGGGUGCCGAACCCCACUUCUUCGACAGGUGCUACGAGAAGGGGCUGCGCUGGUACAGGAGCCUGAUGCCGCGGACGCUGGAGGGGCAGAUCACGAUGGAGAAGACCCCCAGCUACUUUGUCACCAAGGAGGCUCCCCAGCGCAUCUACAACAUGUCUCGGGACACGAAGCUGAUCGUGGUGGUGCGCAACCCCGUCACCCGCGCCAUCUCGGACUACACGCAGACGCUCUCCAAAAACCCCACCAUCCCCAGCUUCCAGGCCCUGGCCUUCAAAAACGUCAGCACGGGACUCAUCGACACGAGCUGGAGCGCAGUGAGGAUCGGGAUCUACGCCAAGCACCUGGACAACUGGCUGCAGUACUUCCCCCUCUCCAAAUUCCUCUUCGUCAGUGGGGAGAGGCUCGUUAGCGACCCGGCCGGGGAGAUGGGCCGUGUUCAGGACUUUCUGGGUCUCAAGAGGGUGGUGACGGACAAACAUUUCUAUUUUAAUGAGACCAAGGGUUUUCCCUGCCUGAAGAAACCGGAGGGCGGCAGCAAGCCCCGCUGCCUGGGGAAAUCCAAGGGGCGGCCGCACCCCAAAAUCGACCUGCAGGUGGUCCAGCGCCUGCGGGAGUUUUACAGACCCUUCAACAUGAAGUUUUAUCAGAUGACAGGGCAGGACUUUGGGUGGGACUGAGCCAUCCACAGGGCACGCCGCCGUGCUGGGACCUGCUCGGCCCAGCAGCGUGCGGAGCCAGGGCUGCGGUCCAGGGAUGCUCGUGGCUGCCGUGGUCCAGGGAUGCCCGUGGCCGCCCCACCAGCGACCUCCUCCCUUCGUUCUAAUUUAUAUCGGACCUUUUCCAGCAAGAAACGGACCCUUCUGGAGUAGAGAGAAAUAUUUAAGAAAUAAAACCACAGAUGACCCCUCUCCCUUCCCUGACCAGAUUAAAUAUUCUUCCAUAUAACUCUCGCUAAGCUAUAUUAACUGUGACCAUUCUCGGUGGCGAGUGGGCGCGUGUGGGUGCGUGGGCAGCUGCGUGUGGGUGCGUGGGGAUGACAGCUCUGCCAUCCGCAAUAAAAGCUUUGGAAACCAGUUGGCCUCUGGGACACGAGGCCAGUGGGUUUUUGCUAAAGCAAAUUCCGGUGCUGAGCACAGGCAGCGGCUGCCGUCGGGCGGUGGGUGAGACAGGCCGAGCAGCAGACCCCAAGCGUGGGGUCUGUUUUGCAGACAGAAAAUAGUCUGCAGGAAUUUCCUAGUUAAGAAAAACAAUUAACGGUGGUAGUUUUGACUAAACGCCAGGUCCGGGCUUAGGGAGAGGGAGUUGUGUAUCUCAUACCUUCUUAAGUUCUUUGAGUAACCCAGAUGAUAAAGCAGGGUAUUUCUAACCCUUAGGAUGAAAAUUCCUGCUUCCCCCGAAAUUCACCCAAGCAGAGCAAACAAAAGCCCCAAACUCUGACCUUUCAGUUCAAUAAUCUCAAUAGAUUUUCAAAUCUGCAGCCGUAGAGGGCCAUCAUGGGAGGCUGCAGAAAGUAGUUUAUUCUGAAUUAGCUAGUUUUCCCUUAAUUAAAGAUGGGGAAAACAUUUAAUUAACCUCUAAUAUCUUAUUAGUGAUUUGUAUUUGUCUCUUUAAUGAGCUAAUUAUGUGUUUUCAAGGGCCCUCAGGCCCCACAUUGUUUGCAAAUAUGCUUUGGCUGUGGUUUCUUCCAUCCUGUGCAUCCCAAAGCUGACCGUCCUGCCAGGGGUGCCCUGCCAGGCGGGCCACCGCCUCCCCUCCUCGCUGCCGCUGUCCGGGGCGAUGGAGGCGGCAGGUACCGCUCCUCCUGGGACGCACGCUGGGCACUUUCAUCCCACCUCCGGGGCGGUUUUAUAUCCGCACAUCGUGCUUUGCUCCGCACAGCUCUCCCCGCUCCUGUGCCCCGGCCGCGGGC